GAACAAUGCUUCAACUGUAUGGCAUUCUUCUUGUUGGUUUGGCGGUGAGCGGUGGAUGGGCUCAACAAAUGCAACGUAUGUGUACGUGUGAUGAAGCGAGACCGUGCAAGGAAAGUAUUUUCCAAACUAUUCAGCCUUGUGCUGAUAAAUGUGAGCGAUUUGCGGCUGAAGCUGGUGCAAAUUAUCAAAUGUUACGAGACUGUGUCCUCGAAUAUAGACCACGAAUCGUAGAGACAGUCCGCUGUAGUGUCGAUCAACUCAGAGACACAUGCUCAGCCGUUCCAACAGAUUUCCAAGUGCCGAAGCGAUAUCCAAUCGGUAUUGAGCUUGCGUUCGUCGAAGAGAUCGGUAGUAUGCUCACAACUGCAGGAGUAAGCGAUCAACUGACACAGUUCGUAGCGCUUGGUCGUCGUUUUGCACACUGCAUGCAGGAAUGUGUCGAGCGACAGACAAACAAAUGUGCUUUUGAUAAUGUGUGUGCAUUGAAUCUGCCACCUGAUAAUCAACUGGUAGCAAUCGUCAAGAAUUGUGCCAUUCAAAAUCAACUGCUCACAACGCCAGUCAUUCAAUCGCUCUGUGAAUGUGCCGUACGUUCGGGUGUUUCAGCGCUAGCCGAAUUAUGCCCUCGUCUCAUCAUACAAUAAGGAGCUAUUUCAAUCACUGUCGACACCAUCAAGAAUAGUCAUCCGUCUGUUGAAGUGAUCCUUUCCGUAUCAUCGAUCACCCCUCCAUAUUUCUUCACUCCUAUGCCUCAUAUCAAUAGUAAAUCUUACCAGUGGUAUAAUUGUUCUCUCGUGGUUCCACUUCUUUGAAUGAAGUCAAUUUCACAUCUCAAUAAAAUUAUCCAUAUA